AUGCAAUCCACAGUGUUCCGCUCCUUUGUCUUGCUUUCUUGCACGUUCCUAGGCCUCAUCUGUGGAACCUUAUACCUAUACUCAUCUUACAGUCCGCAAUUGGCUCUGCGACUCCAUUACCUGGCAACAGGAUCUUCGUCUAUCGCCUUAUGUGGUAGUUUGGGCACGGCAGUCGUUGGCCCACUUGCUGGAAUAGUGGUGGACAGAAAUGGGUAUUCUGCUGCACUUUUCAUCGGAGGAGUUUCCAUUGUUUUGGGAUAUCUCUUGUUGAAAUGGCAGUACGACGCUCCAUACUCGAACCUCCCAUUCUCGUGCUUUGAUCUCUUUUUGGUGGGGUGCGGCUCCACAUUCAUCAACUCGCUGUGUCUCAAAUGUUGUGCUGUGACAUUCCCAAGCAUUCGAGGAGUGGCCACUUCGCUUCCUCUAGCGUUGUAUGGACUCUCGGCCAUGUUCUACUCCGUGGUGGCAUCUGUCUUCUACGCCGGUGAUACCCUGGGCUUCUUGUAUUUUCUCAUUGUGUCGCUGAUCAUCAUCUUUCUCAUCUGCUGCCCUGCUAUAGUGCAAUGUGACAAAAGAAGAUUCUCCAAGCGACAACGCACAGAGGUGGUGGAAAUGACCACAUUUGGACCUGAGCCGGUCGAUCCUCUUGAGCUUCAAAUGCAUGGUGUUCACCAUAAUAGCGAGAUUUCCGGAAUGAAACUCCUCCGAACUCCACGUUUCUGGCUACUCUUCAUCAUCACCGGUGCAUUGGCAUCAUUGGGCCAGAUGUAUAUUUACUCCGUCGGAUACAUGGUGAAAGCGCUCGUGAUUUUUAGCUACGAGCUCCCACCUGAUGUGCUGGAGAAGGUUCAUGCUAUCGAUAUCUUGGUCCAGAACCAACAACAGCUCCAGGUGAGUCUUUUGUCGGUUACCAAUUGUGUCGGGCGGCUCGCCGCAGGCAUAGUCGGUGAUAUUGUCAAUAAGAAUUUGCGUAAGCCGAGAAGUUGGCUCCUUUUCUUGCCGUCUUUUGGUCUUAUCCUAACGCAGGUUAUGGCCCUCAAUAUCAGCCACUACGAGCAGUUAGGGCCUACGUCGAUUUUGACAGGCUUUUUCUAUGGCUUCACUUUCUGCAUAAUGCCAAUUAUUGUGGGUGACGUUUUCGGCAUGGAGAACUUCUCGCAGAACUGGGGGUUGGUAUCCCUCGCUCCUGUUGCUCCCAGCUUCUAUUUCACAAAUCUUUUUGGGAAAGUGUACGAUCUGCGAUCCUCCACGGGUGAAAGUGGGUACACUUCGUGUUUGCUUGGUGGUGGCUGCUACGACUUGGUAUUCAAGCUUUCGUUGGGCGUUGGUAUCUUGUCCCUAUUGGCUGUUGCCAUGUUCAACUUUGGUGAGAGGUAUGUUGCCAGUCUGAAUCUCUACGAGAGGCGGCGGUCGUCUGUAUCCGUUAAGUGA